AUGAGGGAGAUAAGCAAAGCAGGGCUUCAGCACCCAGGACAAGGGCAGCAGCCUCCGCAGGAUGAGCUGCUCACCAGCCUGUGUUUCUGCUCCCUGCUCCUGGGUGUCAGCAAUGGAAGUUUCUUUUCAUUUAUUGGCGAGGCUUUCCAAGGGGCAGGGGACGUGUGGCGAGCCUACUCUGACAUGAAGGAAGCCAAGUGGAAAAACUCAGACAAAUACUUCCAUGCUCGGGGGAACUAUGAUGUCGCCCAAAGGGGCCCUGGGGGAGCCUGGGCGGCUGAGAAAAUCAGUGAUGCAAGAGAGGGCUUACUGAGAUUCUUUGGCAGUGGACACGAGGACACCAUGGCUGACCAGGAAGCCAACAGACAUGGCCGCAGUAGCAAGGACCCCAAUCACUACAGACCUGCUGGCCUGCCUGACAAAUACUGAACAUCCUCCUAUUACCUCAGGAGGCUGUGCUGUGGGCCCGAGGCUGGGGUCUGGGCUUCCUCAUAUCUAGGAACACUGAAGCUGCUCUUUGGGAAAACAUAGUAUCCAUCUCCCAUGUGUAUCAAACAAGGGUUUCAGAACUGUGCUACUCUUGCAGUAGUAACUACUUGCUGCUGGAGGAGAGGCUAAUAAACAGGAACU